GGUUUUGUUAAAUGUUGCUUACCAUAUGUGCUAUAUUCAUAUAUAAAUAAUGUAAACACAGAAAGUGAAAAAUAUGCUGACCAAAACAAGCAGACACUUUUGGGAAAGAUUAUAUUUUGAUGUGACCUGAUUAAAUUCACAUCGCAAAUAAUGUAUUUCGCUCUUAGUAUGCAACAAAACCUGUUUGAAAUCGCUGAGUAAAAAGUGCACACCGUAGGCGGUUUUAUUCAAAGCAGUAGUCUGAGUAGUCAAACACUGGACCAUGCUAAAUAAGACAUCUGGUAUCUGAUUUCAACAAAUAAGGUAUAGGUGUUUGUUUAGCAAAAGAAAAGAAGUGUCGAUAAAAGAACGCCAUAAAGCAAGACAUCACACUCUUGGGAUUUGCGAUGUAAAUAUAUUCAAGCUCUUCAUGUAAGUGGUAUGGCUUUGCAUAAAUAACAUGAACGAUUUAAUACUAGACCACACACUCAGUCCCCGACAAAAAAAAGGUCUUAGAUCAAUACAUUCAUUAAUAUUUGCAUCCCUGAAGCCUAAGAUCAUUGUCGAGCUUCUGCUCCGCUUGUAAUUCAUUUAGAUAAGCUGUGAACGACACUUGAAAAACAAUGGCAAGAAUGCUACCUCGUUCCAAGAAAACGAUAUUCAUUUUCCUACUUAUUGGCAGUAGUAGUUUUUAUGUGUAUCAGCAAUUUGGAGGACAGAACAGCACUAAAAAAGUAUUCAAUAUUAUUGGUAUUCAACAGGACACAUCAGGCCAAGAAGAAUCGUUAGGAAUGUCUUCUGGGGAAAAUGGCCGGGGAUAUGUUGGUGAUAAACAUGGAAUGAAGUGGAGACCAGUAUUAAGGAAAGGUGCUCAUUUUGAAAUGGAUAGUAGUAAUCUUGAUGUGCGAAAUAAGGCGGUUCCAGUUAAAUUGGACUCUAUAAAUAACCAGGCAAAGAAACUGAAAGCAAAAUAUACUGGAGGAAAGAAUGUAGCUGAAAAACGAACCCAUCGAAACAGAAAUGAUGAAUUCCGAAAAACCAAGCCUAACAGAGUUAAUAGAGGGAGAAAACAAUUUAAUAGAYAUAGUAACGAGAAGAAACGUUCCCCACGUAGGGGAAGGCAGAGGCGAAAAUACCAGAAAAAUCAACCUAACGGGGGAACUGACGGUAAGAAUCUCCCGGGUAGAGAGAGAGGUGAUGUAACGAAUUAUAGCGGGGACGUCUAUGACAAAAGCCGGAUACAUAGAAGCGGAGAAAUAAAUACCAGGAAAGUAAAACCAGGAAAAUCCAGUGAUUUACAACAAGACUCUGGUAAUAUAGAAAACAAACAACAGAAUAAUCAUUUUUGUAACAUUACUUUCGAGUACGGCCAAAUGUGUCCGACUCUGUACACGGAUCUCGGCGGAUACUGCAAGAUAGGCAAGAGAGUACCGGGAGGAUUUGACUGCCCUGAUAUCCGUAGAAAAGGAUAUAAUGAACUACGAAGCACUCAGCUCGUCCUCACGAGACUUCUAAAGAUAUUUGACCUGGUUGCUAGGAAACAUGACAUCAAAUAUUGGAUUACAUCCGGGACUUUGUUAGGUGCUGUAAGACAUCGAGGCUUUAUACCAUGGGACGAAGAUGCUGACAUUGAAAUGACACUGGAUGAGUACAUCAAACUCUUCAAAUGCUGCAAAAAUGAAUUCCCAGAAGGAAUAUUUUUUCAGAGCUCGGAGACAGAUCCUUAUUUAAAAUCACAGAAUGAGACGGAAAAUCGCCUUUUGAGACACCCAGUGGUUGGGCUUUAUCGACGACUAUGGAACCCAAGGCUAAGAGACACGAAGAGUUGUACAAAGUUUUGUCUGGCAUAUGGUUGUGGAUGGGCCGACGGUCUAAUGAUUGACAUAUUCAUCGCAGAAGACAMCAUGCAUCCAUAUCACUUGAGAAGAGUUUUCCCACUGAAAGAAAUGUUGUUUGAAGGAUUUCGUUUCCCCGUGCCGGGUAACUGGAGAAAAAUACUGCAAUACAAGUACGGGGAUUACGACAAGGAGUUGGGAGAAUAUGCAUGAUGAGAGGAUACCUGAGGAUAAUUCUGAUCCUUUAUGCAGUUGUGAGGAAUUGAAGCAAGCGAACAACGACUAAGCAUUCGUGAAAAUACUUAAUGAUAGUCAAUUAAUGGUUUUCACAGCCGCCAUUUUGGAUGAAUUUAACAAGAUUCGACGCUAGUCUCUUUUGUUGUAGCAUCCAACUUUACCACCGUGUCUUUUGUUAUUUUGAGCCCCUGGGAAUGCCUUGAAAACCAGCAAUUGCAAAGUCAUUGUUGGGUUCAAAAACUGUAGAAAAUAGAAGCCGAGACCAAAAGAUAUGCUGGGAAAUGACAUCAUUCACCAUUUUCCAUACAUUGGUUCAACGGUCAAACACAAAGCGCUCAAGCGAGGCGCCAAGGUACUUUCAAAGGAUUAUUCAAAUUUGAACCUUGCAACCUCGACUGAAUGCUUUG